AUGAUACUUGUGCUGUUGUUUUUCACCAUUUCAGGUUUCAACCAGAUCAGUCAUGGCCAUCGCUGUAAUCAUCAUGAAUGUCACCGUGUGCCGUCGUCCUCGGACGUGAGUCGCUGCUGCCAGAUCUGCUACAUCUGCGCGAAGAACUUCCCCAAGACCGUCAGCAUCUGGGCCAUCACGCACGUGGCUUCCCAGGGCUCGCAGAACCUGGCGCUGCAAGACUUGGUGGAGAAGAUGGCGGUGCUCCAGGACGUGACGAAGUUCCAGCAGUCCGAUGCCCUCUUCUCCCAGAAGCUGACGAAGUACGCGGAGAUCCUAGCGAACUCGGGUCGGCUCACUGCCGCCAUGCGCUACCUCUGCCUUCUUCCAGAUGACAACUCCUCGGCCACGCUCCGGGAUCGGAUCUUCAACUCUGCCCCAGCACAGAUGGGCCAAAU